GAUAGAUGUGGAGUAAAGAUAAAGAUUAAAGAAGGGAUGAGGGACACGUAAGUCUUAUUUCCUUCAUUAUUACAAUACAACCCCCGUCUCUCUCCGUUUUCCAUGUUUCUAGUUGUUUUGCCCUAAUCACCAACCACAGAUCUGUUCCCUCCAUUUUCAGUUUAUCACAUCUUAGCUUACAGCCUUACAGACGGUAGGUACGCUUAAUACUCAUCAUGGAGCUAAGUUCUGUUAAAGAUGCCUUUGACCGAGUUACAAAGAAGCAAAAGUUAUCCAGUUCUAAGGCUCAAGAGAUGAUUGAUCAGAUUAGUCAUGAAAUUGAGACUGUUAUAGAAUCACUGCAGUCAGUCAAUAACACUGUCCAAGUGCUUGAUUCUAAAACUGUCCUGAAUGAGCUGAAGGCCAGUUUACUUAAAAUUUCCCCAAUUGGCCAAAUGGAAAGUACACAGAAGGAGCUAAAUGUAGCACUCAGCAAGUAUGGGAAGCAUCUUGAGAAAAGUUUCCCUGAUAUAUCAAAAGCUUACAGAAACACCAACUUUGAUAUACACACUUUAAAUCAAAUAAUUGCCAACCAUUUUUAUCGCCAGGGCCUUUUCGAUGUAGGGGACCAUUUUCUUAGUGCAGUCGGUGAGCCUGAAUCUGCUGCAAGUAUGAAAUCUCCAUUCUUGGAGAUGUAUCAAAUACUCGAAGCCAUGCAGAAUCAGAACCUGGAGCCAGCCCUCAACUGGGCUGCGACUAAUUCUGACAAACUCGCUCAAAGUGGAUCUGACAUUGUGUUGAAGCUUCACUCAAUGCAAUUUGUGAAAUUACUUCAAAAUGGUGGAAGUAGAGAUGAAGCCCUUCAUUAUGCAAGAACUUACCUUUCUCCUUUUGCUACCAGUCAUAUCGCUGAAGUCCAGAAGCUUAUGGCUUGUCUUCUGUGGCCUGGGAAGAUUGAAAAGUCUCCAUACCAUGCAUUGCUUUCCCCGUCUAACUGGGAUAGGUUGGCCGAGGAACUUAAAAGGCAGUUCUGCAAUCUUUUGGGACAGUCAUACAACAGUCCGUUGAGUGUGACGGUAGCAGCAGGGAUUCAGGUUUUGCCAGCUCUCCUCAAAUUUAUGAUUGUCAUGAAGCAGGAAUGGCAGUCUAUGAGCCAGUUACCGGUGCCAAUUGAGAUGGACAGCGAAUUCCAGUUCCAUUCUGUUUUUGUUUGUCCUGUCUCAAAGGAACAAGCAACUGAGGAGAACCCUCCAAUGUUGAUGUCCUGUGGCCAUGUCCUCUGUAAGCAGUCUAUCUUGAAAAUGUCCAAGAAUAGCACAAAAGUAUUUAAGUGCCCGUAUUGUCCCUUUGAUAUUGAUGCAGCACAGUGCAAGCAACUAUAUUUGUGAUUUUCUUGUAUUUGUAUCAAACUUUCUUGUAUCAUCUGAAUUACGUGUUAGUAUAGGUGUACCUUUGUAUGGUUGAUUGCAGAAGCCAAUGGUUAGUUGUGAUGUCUGUAUGUUUUACAUACUUGUAAAUAUAUUCUUUUUAGUUUUGUUAUGACUUGUUUCCGUUAUUAA